CAUACCAGCAUCCUGAUCACCUCCAUACACCGUACCAGCGCCCUGAUCACCUCCAUACACCGUACCAGUGCCCUGAUCACCUCCCAUACCCCGUACCAGCAUCCUGAUCACUGCCAUACCCUGUACCAGCAUCCUGAUCACCACCAUACCCCGUACCAGUAUCCUGAUCACCGCCAUACCCCGUAUCAGUAUCCUGAUUACUGCCAUACCCCGUAUCAGUAUCCUGAUCACUGCCAAACCCCGUACCAGCAUCCUGAUCACCGCCAUACCCUGUACCAGUAUCCUGAUCACCGCCAUACCCCG